AAUAAAUGUACAUAACUAAAAGUCGUCAGCUAUAAUAUGAAAUAGAUAAUCACAUUCGCAAAGUGACGUACCGCUUCUCCCGCAUUGAACCGUCCUUUUCGUAAACAUUGUGUCCAAGAACAAUGGUGAAGAAAGGUACCGGACCCGGAAGGCUUUAUGCCAGGGCUGUGUUCACUGGCUACAAGCGUGGUCAGCGCAACCAGUAUGAGAACACUGCUCUCCUGAAGAUUGAGGGCUGCAAGAACAAGGACGAUGGCAAGUUCUACGUUGGCAAGCGCGCAGUAUACGUCUACAAGUGCAAGAAUAAGACCUCUGUCCCCACUGGUGGCAAGAGCAGACUGCGUGUCCUCUGGGGCAAGGUGACCCGCAUUCACGGUAACUCUGGCUGCGUACGUGCGAAGUUCUCUAGCAACCUUCCAGCUACUGCCAUGGGCAAGAGGAUCAGAGUUAUGUUGUACCCAUCCAGAAUUUAAACAACAAAUGAGAAAAUAAAGU